CAUGAGUUUCGUGGUGUCGGAGCGGGAGGCGAGCCAAUCCGGAGAAAUCCAUUGCGACACCAUCUGCUACCGCGGCCGGCCCAUCGACGUCAACGUCCAAGGCAAAACACUCGCCAAGGCCUUGCACUACUGCAAGAAGCACGCCUACUCCGGCGGCCACGACCUCCGCGCCUGGGACGCCAAGUUCGUCGGCGACCUAGAUCUCGAGACACUAUACGAUCUCAUCCUGGCUUCCCACAAACUUGAAAUCCAAGGGUUGCUUGCACUCACCUGUCAGACUCUCGCCAAUAAGAUCAAGGGCAAGUCGCCCCAUGAGACCUGUCAUGUACUCCCUCCGAGGGAGUACUAA